UAGACUGACAAAAAAAAGUACCAACAUGAUUUAGACUCUUCGGUAGUCUGCUUAACCGAGGGGGAAUGGGUAGCCUAGUGGUGCCCGCUAUUUUGGAAGAGAGGAUUUUCGUCCGUUUGAAGCAGUAAAACUGUACAGAGAUGCCAAUGUAUCUGAUGGGGGAAAGACAUUCUAAAAGUAAAGCAACAAUCUAGAUUCUAGAGGGCCAGAGAGCACGUAGGGAGCGUUGUCACAGCGACACAACUUGCUAGGACACUGUGCACGCGCCCCGCCGGGAGAGAGGAGGCAGCGUGAGCGAGCGAAAGAAGCAAUCGCACAAGCGCAGCAUCUUAUAGCAUGGCUAUAACGGGUCGGAGAACCACGGAAAACCACUGCUGUUACCCAGCGACGAAGCAGGCAAGCGCCACCAUGAUUCAAAUCGUCCUCGCUAUUAAAACUGUCGUUUGAGCUAUCCUCUCCACCCGCAAAGGGCAAACGGGGAUGUUUUUUUGGUUGAAAAUCAACCCGCUUUCAAAAUCACUGUUAACAAUUUAUAUAGACGAGGAAUUAGACUAGAUGUCGUUUCGUUGUCAACAAUUGAGAUAUAAAGAGAUAUAUAGAGACUCGUCAGAUGAAAAGCCACUGCUGGAAGAAUCAUUCCAAAAUCAGUUUACAUGCCUUCAUCUCUUGUGUAAUGUGCCUCACGCAGCAAUAGGCUUUAUUUGUUGGUAGGCUAUUCCUUUCCCUUCGUCAUUGUCUCCCUGUCCCUCAUCAGAAUGUGGUAGCCCGGUCAAUCUGCCGGUUUUGAGCGGGUGUUGUCGGUAAACACAACCGGGGAAGCUUUCUAAAACCGUAUCCUUCUACAAAGGACUAUGCUUCAAUAUUUCCCCUUCUAGAGGAAUGGUGUGACAACGAUCUAGAAGUCAAAGAGGAUUCCUUUUGAAAACCCCUUGGAAUCUUGCUACCCUUUAGACCACAUAACAGGGUCAGUUUGUGACGGCGACAGUUGACCAGGAACUGUGACCGCAGACAUCGAACGUGAUGAGGACCGUACAGGAGGAUGGAACGUAACAGAGUUCUGACCGUGGAACCGUUCUCGACCGCGAUCGUAGAGCACCAACACUGACCACAACCACACCUUCUAAAUACCGCCUGGUCUCCCCCUAACCCCCGACCCCUCCAGCCCCCCUGAUUUACACCGCACCCCCCUCGCCACUCCACUCCUCCUCCACCCAUCCUCCUGUACUCACUCCCUUGCUCCAGACCUCCCCCCUUUUUGAGGGUCCACUUCUUCUUUCGUAAACUCUCUCUUUCUAUUGCUAUCCCUUUUCUCUCCAAUAUUCUAUAUCUUCAUGAACAUUGAGUCCUCUUUGGAACCCAGACAUAGACGGACGAUAAUCGUUUAGUUGGAGGUGCAGUUUAUAGCUAUCAGUCAUGUAUCUUUUCCCUCUAUCCCUGUGUAAGCCAAGUGGGCGGGGUCUCGGCUUUAGUCCCCGCCCCCGCUGCAACAUGGCCGACACCUGUCUAGUCUGGCUGUUGGGCCUGGCUCUCCGCCUCUCUCUGACCUCCUGCCAGAAGAUGGACCCCGCCAACAAGCUGCCCAUGGUGACCACCAACUACGGCAAGCUGCGAGGGCUCAAAAAGGACCUGAACAACGAGAUCUUGGGGCCAGUGGAGCAGUACCUGGGCGUGCCCUACGCCACCGCGCCCAUCGGAGACCGCCGCUUUCAGCCGCCCGAGGCGCCGGGCUCUUGGCAGGAGAUCCGCAACGCCACUGCAUUCGCCCCGGUGUGCCCGCAGAACGUGCAUGGCGUGCUGCCGGAGAUCAUGCUGCCGGUGUGGUUCACAGACAACCUGGAUGUGGCAGCCGGCUACAUCCAGAACCAGAGCGAGGACUGCCUCUACCUCAACGUCUACGUGCCCACCGAGGACGGUCCGCUCACAAAAAAACAUGAUGAGUCUACAAUGAACAGACCGAGAGAUGAAGACAUCCGUGACCGCAGGAAGAAGCCGGUGAUGCUGUUCAUACACGGCGGCUCCUACAUGGAAGGAACCGGAAACAUGUUUGACGCCAGCGUCCUCGCCGCCUACGGCAACGUCAUCGUGGUCACUAUGAACUAUCGUCUGGGCGUGCUCGGUUUCCUGAGUACAGGGGACCAGUCAGCCAAGGGGAACUAUGGUCUGUUGGAUCAGAUCCAGGCCCUGCGUUGGCUCAACGAGAACGUCGGCCAUUUUGGGGGCGACCCCGAGCGCAUCACCAUCUUCGGCUCCGGCGCCGGGGCGUCCUGCGUCAACCUGCUCAUCCUCUCGCACCACUCCGAGGGUAAGGGGCACACUGGUCUGUUCCAGAGAGCUAUAGCCCAGAGUGGCUCAGCCAUCUCCAGCUGGUCGGUCAACUACCAGCCCCUCAAGUACACCAAGAUACUGGCCCGGAAGGUGGGCUGCAGCCAUUCAGAGACAGCAGAAUUGGUGGACUGCCUGAGGAAGAAGAAUUUCAGGGAGCUGGUGGAUCAGGACAUCCAGCCGGCCCGCUACCACAUCGCCUUCGGACCCGUAGUGGAUGGAGACGUGGUGCCGGACGACCCUGAGAUACUCAUGCAGCAGGGGGAGUUCCUGAACUAUGACAUCCUGAUAGGAGUGAACCAGGGAGAGGGGCUGAAGUUUGUAGACGACAGUGAAGACAACGAUGGGAUCUCAGCUGCAGCGUUCGACUACACCAUCUCUAACUUUGUGGACAAUCUCUAUGGAUAUCCUGAGGGUAAGGACAUCCUGAGAGAGACCAUUAAGUUCAUGUACACUGACUGGGCCGACCGUGACAACGGAGACAUGAGGAGAAAAACCCUUCUUGCCCUGUUCACGGACCACCAGUGGGUGGCGCCAGCGGUGGCCACGGCCAAACUGCACGCCGAGUUCCAGUCUCCCGUUUACUUCUACACCUUCUACCACCACUGUCAGACGGAGACGCGGCCGGAGUGGGCGGACGCGGCCCACGGGGAUGAGAUCCCCUAUGUGUUCGGGGUGCCCAUGAUCGGAGCCACCGACCUGUUCCCCUGCAACUUCUCUAAAAAUGAUGUCAUGCUCAGUGCUGUAGUCAUGACGUACUGGACGAACUUUGCUAAGACGGGGGACCCCAACCUGCCGGUGCCUCAGGACACCAAGUUCAUCCACACCAAGCCCAACCGCUUCGAGGAGGUCAUCUGGACCAAGUUCAACUCCAAGGACAAGCAGUACCUCCACAUCGGCCUGAAGCCCCGUGUCCGAGACAACUACCGGGCCAACAAGGUGGCCUUCUGGCUGGAGCUGGUCCCUCACCUACACUCCCUCCACGACGAAUUCCCCCCUACCACCAGGCUACCUCCAGGCAGCACCCGCCCCCCCGGGGUCCCCUGGAAGCCCAAACCCCGCACCACGGGCCACCCCUACCCCACCUUCCCUGACCCCGUGGAGCCCUACGGAUCAGAGCGGCCCAGACUGGACCUGUUCCCUGGUGACACGCGGGAUUAUUCCACAGAGUUGUCGGUGACAGUGGCGGUGGGGGCGUCGCUACUCUUCCUCAACAUCCUAGCGUUUGCCGCGCUCUACUACAAGCGGGACAAGCGGCAGGAGAUGCGGCGCCACCGGCUCUCCCCGCAACGCCACGGCGGGCCCGCCAAUGACCUGGCGCACAGCCAGGAGGAAGAGAUCAUGUCCCUGCAGAUGAAGCACUCGGAGCACGACCCCCACCACGACAUGGAGCCCCUCCGGCCCCACGACAUCCUGCGGCCCGCCUGCCCGCCCGACUACACCCUGGCCCUGCGGAGAGCCCCAGACGACGUGCCCCUCAUGACCCCCAACACCAUCACCAUGAUCCCCAGCACCAUCACCGGCAUGCAGCCCCUCCACCCCUUCAACACCUUCCCCAGCACCGGCCACAACAACACCCUGCCCCACCCCCACUCCACCACACGCGUAUAGUAAAGCUAGAGCUCCCCCUGGAGGACCAGAGGACCAACUACUACACGCUCUGGCUCCCUCUCUAUGGAUAGGUAUCUCUCUCUCUUACUCUCUGUUUCUCCAACCGUCAGCCUGCUGCCCUGAUGCUGUGUAUUUCCUACAGUGCCACCUGCUGGGGUUAAGUGGAAAUGCAGCUGAACUGCAGAGGCAGCAGAUGUAAUGGGGGUGCAUUGAGACAUUUAGAAACUAUUUUGAUGGGGUCUCGUAUUCUCUGAUUCUCUGACUCUGACAGCCCCCAAACCUUCCCAGAGGACAAUCCUCUUACUGUGCUUUUCAUUUUGUCGUUUUUAAUAGGGUUGGGGAUUGUUUUUUGGGGUGUUGGGUAAAGUGACCUCUGAUAUAUUGGAAAACCUCUCUCUCUCUCUACUCAUGUCAUCUGCUUACUUGAUAUAGUGUCUUCUCUUUUCUACAUCCAUCUCUUUCCCUCCUCUGUAGUUCUAACAACCCCAAAAUUAACCCCUCAGCCCACCCUUAUGGAUUGUUGGGAGUCUUUUUCAUACAAGGCAUACAGUACAUACAGUUAGCAUCUAUCAUGAAAAUAUUGAUAUUCUGAUAUCGUCUUUCUACCAGCAUUCUUGGUGCCAAGUACUGUGUUGUUUUCCCAUAGGAGGGAACUGAGAGAGAAUAAAGAGUGUGGAGAUGUAUCAAGAUAGCCUACUGACUGUGUGUUCAUGAAAGUGCCAAUUUGGCCUAUCUUGUGUGCUUUUUUCUUUGAUUGUUUGAUUGAUUGUUGCUUUCAGUUCUUAUUUUUUUGUGGAAAUAAUUAUAAGUAUAUAGAUAUAUAGAUAUAUAGUUAUACAUAAAUGUGUACAAAGAAGAAGAUAUAUAAAUGGUUUUCUCAGUAGGGAUCUAUGCAUGAAUUAUUUUUUUAAACUAUGAUGAGGAAAGGACACUGGAUAGUCAAUGUUUCCACACACGUCUCCUGUUUUAAACCAUUUCUAUCUCUAUUUCAUAUGCUUUUUCUUCAUAUUUUAUUUUCAAAAGCUAAAAAUGGAGGCAAUUAAAAAAAACUGCACAGGCGCUUCUUUGAUUUGCACAAUUAUCCUUUACAACAACAUAAACCUGACUGGAACAAACAUGAUUAAAAAUAAUGAUCAUACACAUUGAUUAUAUAACACAUUGCGUAUCAUCAACAUCUCCCAUGCACAUUGCUUACUGUCUACUAUUGCACUAUAGACCACAUGCUACCCCAAACAAAUCAACUACCCCAGUAAAUCAAAUCAAUCUUUAUUCAUACAACACAUUUCAUACAAAGCGGGUGCAAACCAAUGCGCUUUACCAAAAGAAACAAGACCACAUAUCAGUCACACAGAGACCCCUCUUUCCCUUCCUUCCUGUCUCACAUCCUCCUCCUGCUCUAUCAUCAGGCCAGGGCCCCUGAGGGCCCCUCUUAUAUAAUGGAAGAUAUUGGUGCCACUGUAGCAGCUCUGUGUUUGUCUCGUAAUAACCAGGCCAUCCACUGAGCCUUGGGCCCCUGUCUCUCUGUGAGUCAUUAUGGCAGGCAUGGAAGCCAUAAGCUGCCACUGAAAAGGCAUCCUAUUCCCUAUAUAGUGCCAGUCAGGCCAAAAGGAGUGCACUAUAGGGAUUAGGGUGUGGUUUUGGACACAUACCUAGAGAUAUUGGUGUCCAUUAUGCUCUGGCCAAAAGAAGUGCACUAUGUAGGGGAUAGGGUGCCCUCGAGGUAUUGGUGCUGCGGGUGGAGCUAUUGAAGGUACAUACAGUACUCAAGUCUUGGAUCCUCAUAGAACAUGACUUUCCUCAUUCUGUUAGUAUGAAGGAGAGAAAAGGACAGGCAGUUCUCACUCUCCCUCCUUCUUUCACACAUUCUCUCCUAUCUUCGCCUCUAUUUCCAGCACAUAUAUAUUCUGUUUGAUGUGUGUGUGCGUGCGUGUGUGUACGUACAUGUCAGCACAGCUUCACAGGGGCAUGGGUAAUUAGAGUGCAGAGAGAAUGAUGGAGGGAGACAGAGAGGGAGAGAGAGAGAGAGAGAGAGAGAGAGAGACAGACAGACAUCUCAACUCAGAGGCUCAUCCCCAUGAUGCGAACCCCCACUCCAAAAUAAAAUGUAUCCAACUGCUUCCACACACACUCCUCCAUUCUUCCUCCCAUUCUAUUUUCCCCAUCCCUUUCUCCUUUCCUCCACCAGUAAACACCAUUUUGAUUCAAGCUGCUAUGCUCGCAAUUUCACGAACUAUGAGUAAUAGCUACACGUAUGUGAAGAGUUGAGUAGAACUCACAGACUUUUCAAUUCAUAACUUCACUGUGUACAGUCAUUGAACCCUGCAUCUCCUGACCCUUCACCCCUGACCCCUCACCCUGCUGCCUCUGUUGCUCCCACAUCCCCUUAGAUCCACCGCUGUACAUGUCAUUCUCCACAUCCCCUUAGAUCCACCGCUGUACAUGUCAUUCUCCACAUCCCCUUAGAUCCACCGCUGUACAUGUCAUUCUAAGCACACUGAGCAAGACUGGGGGUCUGUCAGCCAGGCCAGGUCUGGGAUAACAAAGCUGGGAGAGGACCUUAGACCAAGGGGCAGCAAAGUGAUCAGUUGUUGCUGGUUUUUGGUUUUUCUUUCUUUUUGAACAGGGAGAAGCAUGUAAAAGUCGAGGGAAAGUCUAUUGAUAACGCCCCUGUCUGUAAUGCUCUAACAUGGCCAGUAGAGGGGGCUGAUGGGUUAAUAUGAUUAAUCCCACAUAACAGAACUGUAGAGCUGUGAGUGUGAACCCACAGUGCACUGUAUCCUCUAUGGGAAACCGUUAGCGACGGUGUUGUGUCUAUGCUUGUGUUUAGCUUUUGGACUUUUCUUUGGUUUCAAUUUCAUUACUGCUUGAGGAUUGUGGAGGGGAGAAUGUGAGAGAACACACUGGUAGAGUCAGACUGUGUUAGCCUACUGAGAGAGACAGUGUGUGGCGGGAAAAUGGGGGAAUGAACAGCUGCACAAUAUACUGUAACACAGACUGGACUGGGGUUGGGGUCAGUGGAGGUAGAGCUGGACCAGGGAGAGUCAGUGGAGCUAGAGAUGGACUUAAUACAAGCUGUGUUCUUGGACUAGAAAAAGAAACCUGGGAGAGAGACUCAAAGCAUCCAAGUCAUCAUCACAGCCUUAAACAAAGGGGAAAGGUUGUGAGAUGUGACUGGUCAACUGGGACAGUGGACAGACUAAGGCACCAACAUCUUAUUUGAUCGAUGGAAGCGAUCGGAGUCUGUCCUAUGAAGAGUCUUUGUGCCAUUAGAUCCUAGAUAACUUUUUAUACUUAUUCAUGUGAAUAAGAGGGCAAUGGGAGGUCGAAGAGGAAUCUACUACUAGUACAAAUAAAACAAAACUUCAACCAAUAGGAGAAGAGCGACAGAAGCUAUUUCCUUUUUUCUGUUAUUUUCCUUGUCUAUUUUAUAGGUUUACACACUAGAGGGCGCCAUGGUGACACAUAAUCACCAUAACAACCUACCUGUCAGCCUCUGAACAUUCUGAAUGUGGAGGAAUACAUUGUUGCGUGAUACAGAGACAUGUCUAAAAAGAGGAGCAAAACUGUAAAUUUGUAAGUGUAAGAACAAGCAGGCAAAAAUAUUUGUAAAUAUUACGUUUCUUGUUUGUUUUUUAGAGUGAAUGAAAUGACUUACUUUGUGACAACAACAGAGACAACAGGUGCAAGUUGAUAAGGGACCACCAGCUAGUAUUGUACCUCCACUGUACACCAUUUUAAUAUAUUCGCUGCUGAACUCUUUUGAAGGAUUCAGGAAAGUCCGAUUCUAGUUCUAUUAGCCCUGUGUUGUCAGUGCAGAAGUGGGUAGAUAAUGGACGUUCAGAACAGUCAUAUAGAGUUGUCUAUGUAGCAUCUUGACUAAGCGAACACCCUAGCAGGGAUACUGACCCAUUCUUACUCUGUGCUGUUGUUUAUAUGGUCUCUCUCCCACAUUCAAAUGGGAUAUGCAUAACUGCAGGCCUUUAUUAGCUGUCUACCACACCAGCAUAUCUGUAUGAUGAUGUAGGAUACCUUAAAGGUGGAAUCUGUAAUUCCCACUUUCCCCUAUGGCAACUACAAACAUGGCCAAGAAACAGUGUAAAAACAAAAGCAGGGGCACUUUUACCAGAAAUUAAAGUUACAGAGUGCACCUUUAAAAACAACCUUGUGGCUUCUGGAGUUUGGAAAUUCACUCCCUGUUGACUCUCGUAGUGUAACAUAGCCCCAAAUCCACAGGGGGAUAGAGAAACGAGGGCUUUUUGUAACCUAAGAUGCCUCUGAUCUAGCCUGGUCCCAGAUCUGUUUGUGCCAUCUUGCCAACUCCUACAGUCAUAGUCACGACUAGGAGUUGACUAGACAGCACAAACAGAUCUGGGACCAGGCUACAUCCUAUCCUCAUCGGAAAUCCCAUACUGCGGGUGGGUCACAUGUCCCCCUGAAUACACUGCGUGACGUACAAUGUGUGUAUGUGUCCUGUUCAUGUCAGUUGUGCUAUCUCUACCACAGUGACCUCAUCAACAGCUAUUGGUGCAGCUACGCUUGCCUUCCAGAAGGAAUGAGUUGCUUUGACCAUUGCACACCUAGUGGCCAGAUGGUUGAACUACAUGACAAGACAUGCAUAGGUAUAGACCUGGAAGUGAGUGUGAGUGUAUAAGUGAGAGCAUGUGUUAGGAUAGCUCAUGUGGUGUGUAUGCGUAGGUGUGUACUCUAUAUGGUUGUAGCCUUAGUUAGGACUUACACACAGGGAGCAGAUAUCUAGUGUUAGUUUAAGAUGACUUUGAAACAAUUGAACCGACCCCCAAAAAAUCCAUAUUGGAUUUUAAUGUAUUAUUCCUCGCACUCAGACCACGAAGAAAGUCAUUAUUUUUGGUGCAAAACCAAUUUUGUUGACAGUGUGUUCAUUUUCAAUGAUAAACACCACAUCAGUUGUUAAAGCAUUAUAAAUCAGUUAUUAUCAUAGUUUUAUAGAUUUGCCAGAGCGGUGCUCUGUUGAAAAACACCUGUUCUGAAAUAAAAGGGGCAGAAUGUAACAAUGUUUCAUGUAAGUGAAUUCCCUGCCUUGCUUGUGACUACGUGUCAUGGUUGACCUUCAAAACAGAGAAAGGUUUGUCUAUGCUAUGGUCUACGUACCUGAGUCCAGUUAUACUGAAGCACAUGACAAUAACCCUGGGAAACAUUCUGAGCUGGGUGUCAGUUCGGCCUGCAGAGCAACAUUUGCACCUGUUGUCUCCUUUUGACUUUCUUUAUUGAAUUAAGAAACCCAAGACUUGAGAUGAAGAAAACAUGUAAAAAAUUGAUUUAAAAAAAGAGCAUUAUUAAAAAGGUAAAAUAAAACUAUAUAAAUAAGGUGAUGAUAUUUCUGUUUAGUUAUGACACUGUAUGCUGUGAUUCUGAUGCGGGGUACAUAAAGACGUUCAUAGCCAGGC